ACACGGGCCUAUGAUGUUCUUAAAUCAUGGGGCAUCACCUCCAUAUAUAAAAUGAGAGCACUUGAUCCAUAUCAUGCUGAACAACUUUUUGGUUGGCAUGCUUUUUUACAACCUUCUCCUCAGGAUGGAUUUGAGGAGCUUGUUGAAAAGAUCGUAAAAGGUAUGUAAUGGAUUACCUUUCGCACUCAAGGUAUCUGGAACACAAUUUUAUGGAGAGUCUCGUAAAGAAUAUUGGAAAUCACAGCUGCAAAAGAUCUCAAGAAUAUUGCCUGAUCGAAAAAAGAGUGUCUCUACAAAUACAUCACAGAUUGCACCCUCUUCAUCUGCAUCUACUUCUGCCACUGAUUGUAUACCAGAGAACAACGGUAUGGAUGCUUCUCUCACCAUCUGUAUGUACUCCUGCAACACAAGGUCAAAAAUCGUGCUAUGAUGUGUCCAUCAAUCAUCGUGGUCCAGAUGUCAAACACCUAGCUAUCAGUAUCUAUAAUAUGCUCAAUCACCAAGGGGUCACAGCUUUUGUGGAUUCAGGGGAGUUGGAAUAUGGUGAUUUCUUGCCCCAAACAACAGAAGCAGCAAUGACUAGCGCUUUGCUCCAUAUAGCUAUUUUUUCCGUGAGGUAUGCAGACUCACCCUGGUGUUUGGCGGAGCUAUCAUACAUGCUUAAAUCUGGCGCCCCAAUUAUUCCAAUUUUUUACCAUGUAGAUCCUAGUGAUCUAAGAUGGGUACAUCAAGGGAAAAGAAGGUAUGCUCAAGCCUUUAUGAACCAUGAGAAGAAGGGUAGAUAUGAACCAGAAAAGCUUGAUGAGUGGAAGAGCACACUCCACAAAGUCUCAUUUUACACUGGCCAUAUCAUAAAUUCAAAGGAAGAUGAGUUGAGGUUGCUGAACAAAAUUCUGACUCGUGUAUUGAAAGAAAAAAAGAAUGUGCAAGAAAAAAAGAAUGUGUCGUUAGUGGUUGCAAAACAUCCAGUCGGCCUCAAGGAAAUUGUGGAGGAUUUUGAGGUGAAUACGCUCCGAUCUUCCCUCCGUAAUCAGGAUGUACGAAUAGCGGGAAUUUGUGGCAUGGCUGGUUCUGGCAAAACCACCCUUGCCAAAGAGGUAUACCAUAGAUUAUCCUCUUCGAUGGAGAGGUUAAGUUUUGUGUUUGAUGUUCGAGAUGCCACAGCCAAAGGUCUAUUGCAUGAGAAGCAGAAAGAACUCCUCAAUGACCUUGGCAUCCAAGAUUUGGCAUUUGACAAUAUCGAAGAAGGUAUGGGCAUUCUUUCGAAUCGUUUGAGAUCUUCAAGGGUAUUGAUUGUUCUUGAUGAUGUGGAUAAUGUGGAUCAAUUAGAUUACAGUCUUAAAAGUGGUAGUCUCAUCAUUGUUACCACACGGGCAUAUGAUGUUCUUAAAUCAUGGGGCAUCACGUCUAUAUAUAAAAUGAGACAAUUGGAUCCAUUGUAUGCAAAACAACUUUUUUGUUGGCAUGCUUUUCUAAAAUUCUGUCCACCAGAUGGAUUUGAUGAGCUUGUUGAAAAGUUCUUAAAGAUAUGCAAUGGAUUACCUUUGUCCCUCAAGGUACUUGGAGAACAACUGCAUGGUGAGCCCCUUAAAGGUACUUGGAGAACAACUGCAUGGUGAGCCCCUUAAAGAAUAUUGGGAGUUGUUGCUGCAUAAGACCUCCAGAAGAUUGCCUAAUGAUAUUAUGUAGAUAUUCAAAAUAAGUUAUGACACCCUUGAUGAUGAAGAAAAAGAGAUGUUCCUUGAUACUGCAUGUUUUUUCACUGGAGAACAUAAUAGCUUAGCAAUUGAAGCAUGGAAUGGAUUGGGUUGGAGUCCUCUACAAAGUUGGCAAAGGCUCCUAGAUAAUCAUUUCGUUGAACUUGACAAUGACAAUUACAUAAAGAUGCAUGAUCACAUAAGACAAAUGGGAAGAGACAUUGCAGAUAGACAAUCAUCCUAUCGGCUAUGGUUUCCCCAACAGAUUAUUAAUAUUCAGAAACAAGAAGCAAAAAGAAUCCGCAUUCAAGGAAUAAUGGCCACCUCAAAACAUAUAAAGUGGAUUAAUGAAGGGGAAGGAAAGGAGCCCUUACCAGCACUGGUCGAAAAAAUUGGUGAGGUUGACGAGUUUUGCAUUCGCUGCUCGCAGGGGGAACUCAUGGUUAACACAAACGGAGGAAUUCAAUCACUCGCACCCUCUUUAGUUGAACUAAAUUAUUUUGUAGUUUGUGGAGAUUCCUUUGAUAAAGUAAUAGUUGAAGUAUCAAGAGAGCUGGUCUGGCUUCGCUGGUUCCAAAUUGGGCAGCGAAAUCUUCCGUCAGGGCUUUCAUUAAAAAACUUAAGGGUUUUAGAACUUUACGAAGGAAGAAACUUAGAAGAGCUGUGGGGGAAGACAGAUGGAGAGGCCCCUGUGCAGUUAAGGCAGUUGCUUAUUUCUGGUUGCCACAAAUUUCAAGGUUUUCCAAAAUCAAUAGAACAUCUCAAUCAUUUGAAAAAGAUUGAAAUCUUUGAAGGCUACAAUGUUACUAGUCUGCCAGAUGAAUUUUGUCAUCUCCAACACCUGGAAUACUUGGUGUUACAUGAGUGUAAAAUACUAUUACUGCCCGGCAAUUUCGGGAAUUUGAGCAACCUGCGGCAUGUAGCUUUUGUCUUUUGUAACCAGUUGAGGAGGUUGCCGGUUUGUUUUAAAAACGUGAUGCUCCUGGAACAUCUCAAUUUACAGGGGUGCAGUCAACUCAAAUUCACGUCAGAGGACUUAAACUUUCUGGAAAAUAUUAGGGAGCUCCAGUUUUUGAACCUUUCUGGCUGCAAGCAAUUGCAAGAGUUGCCUCGUCACAUCACAAAUCAGGCAUUCUUGAGAGAACUCUAUUUCAGCGGUCCCAGUUUAAGGGGGGUACCAGAUAAUAUCGGAGAACUCAGCAGGCUGAAAAGGAUGAGGAUAGAAGAUGUGAUGUUGACAAACUUGCCAACCUCUCUUGGAGAUUUGUUUUCUCUGACGAAUCUUGAUAUUAGAAAUUGUCCUAAGCUGGAUCGUCUACCUGAUUCUCUCGGAGAUUUGUCUUCCUUGACGAAUCUUGAUAUUAGAGAUUGUCCUAAGCUGAAAUGUCUACCUGACUCUAUUGGAGAUUUGUCUUCUUUGACCAAUCUUUCAAUUAAAAAUUGUCCUAAGUUGGAACUACGUAACUCAUUUGUCUUCAAUGACAAAUCUGCUUGGAGAUUCGUCAAUCUUUCUAUUGAAAAUUGUCCAGCUGGAAACUCUAACAAAAUCAGUUAGGCAACUCAAUAAUAUUCAAAGGAUGUGCAAUCAGCGAAUUGGAUUUUAGGCCGGCAUCAUUACCUUUUGGACUGAACAACCUGAAGAAGUGUACAGGAUUUCAUUUUUUGAGACUGUUGUCCCUCUCUAUGUUUCUAAGAAUCAUCAUUUACAGAUCGAAGCACUGCCGAGAACAGUUGAGUCAAUAUAUUUGAUAAAAUGUGAAACGCUAAUGAACAUUCUGAGUUUUCCAUGAUUAACUUCUCUCAAAAGAUUUCAUCUUAUAGGUUGCUGAAGAAGUGACAAAAUCAAAGGUCUAGAAAAUUACACAAGAUUGAAAGUGACGAUGAUUAACACCUGCUAGGAGGUGCUGACUAUAGUAAAUGCUUGGAACACAUGCAGAAUUUGAAGCAGCUGGAAUUUAGUGCAAGCCAGGGAUAAGUUCUUGGACGUUUUAUUCAAAGAUAUAGAAAUGGCCAGAUGAUUUAAAGAUUAUUUGGUAGGGUAGUCCCUGAUGCGGCCUCACUUAUAGACUUUUCACUCUCUUCGAAUCUAGUGAUCGUUGAGUCCAUCUCCAACCAGAAAAUUCAGUCCAUUCCAAAAUUGGAAGGACUAGGUGAAAUGUUCGAACAUCCACUAGACUUUGAAAGGGGAAGAUGGGCAUGACUAGGUGUCAUGCCACAACGUUCCAGAUACCUCACUGCAGAGUAGUUCUGGAUAGAAGGGGACAGAGGAGAGUGCAGAGAGAGGAGGGAAUGGAGAAAGGUUUGGUUGUGAGAGGAGAAAAGCAAACAGUUCCUUUCUUUUUUCUGUUCAUGUAUGCUUUUGGUUUUUGAUCGACCUAUUUGACAAAAUGCCUAGUCGAAAAAUAUGAAAAUGCUAUACCACCAGCGAUGCUUUUAAACAGUGAUUAAUUGAUUAGAGUUUUAAGUAUGUUCACGGAUUGACAUAAUGUCAGUCUCUGCAUGCAGAGGAGACAUGGACAGGCAUUCUAUGGACAGUGUUUCUGGCAGCAAUGGAGAAGAUUAGGCAAGGAGGAAGAAGAAGCAGAUUUAACAUCAUCUGAUUGGGAAUAAAUUAAUGAGAACGCCAUUAUUUUCAAGCAGACUAUUCCUGACUGUUCUACUUUUCCCACUGCUUAUUCAUUUGGUUGGUCAUCUCCUUGUUUACUGGUCAGCAUAUCUUCAACUUGGUAAUUUAUAUGGAUGAGGGAUAUAGACCUAGUAUUGGAUCAUAUUGGUAAGCUAUGGACAAAUUCAAGUUGUAUAGAAGGAAAACAGAUCAUAUUGUGACUGAUUAGCAAAUUUUAAUGGAGUGAGAUAUCUAUCCCGAGUUGUGGGUUGUUUUCAUUGUAUUUGCUCCAAAUGUGUAGCCCUCAUGCCAAACAUGAGAGGUUUGGAGUUACUCUAGGCAUCCAAUGCAACACAAUAUUAUAGACUUUUUUCUCCUGUAUUUAAUUGUUGCAAUCACUUGUAUAAGGGAUCAAGAAUAGAAAUAAUCUUGAUGGUAUGUCUCAUGUCUUACCUUUCAAUUUUUGUCACUAGUUUGAUAAAUGGUAUUGUUAUUCGGAGAGCGUUGUAUACCCAAAUGAAUGUUAGUCAUGAUUUUGAGAAAUGUAGUAGAUGCAAGGAUUUAAUUGCU